AUGAAUGAAUAUGAAUAUUUCGAAAAAAAAGAAAAAGAAUUGUAUCUGGUUGGCAUAAAUAUUCUAAUGAUGAAGUCUGAGAAAUCUAAUGAAGAAAAGACUACUACCGCUGAUAGGCUCUUAGCAAAGAAUAUUGUAGCUGCCGCUGGGACCGAUUACAUUAAGGAAGUUCAUCGACAUGGAAGAAUGGGGUCACGCAGGCCACAAGUACUUAAGAUUCGACUUGAAGAUAUGGCUCCGUCUAUUUUGCGUAAAGAAUGUGCGCUCGAUUAUUCCCCAUGGAAGCUUUUUGCGGAAAGAUCUAACGAAAACAGAAUUAUUGCUAGACAAACAUUUGUGAAAAGAAUGUUAUAUGCAAAAUCAGAAUCUGAAGAUGUUGUCAGAAAAUCUUCAAAUAGUGGAACUCAGGCAGCCUUGCCAAUGGUUUACAACGAACAAUUUUUCGAUUCCAACUUUCUCCCAUCAAUCUACUACAGCUUAGGACAACUUGUCAAGUAA